AUGGUCAAAGUCGCAGAGAACCGUGUCAUCGAUCUCGACCUUCUCCCGGGUGAUCCCAAGGCGGACAGGCUCUCGGAGCAAACCAAAGCUGCCAUCGCUGGCAAAGUCCCUCAAGACGAAGCCCAAGGAGUCUCCUCGAACACCCAAAGCGCCGUCACUGCCCUCGGAGGGACGUUAGGAGGAGGGGUCAAAGGACUCGUCGACACCGUUGGAAAUACCGUUGGCUCUCUGGGUGAGGGCGUGGUCGGCACUGUCCAGGGCGUGGGAGACGGAGUGGGCAGCACGGUACAAUUCACGGGCGGCGCAGUCGGUGCUGGUGCCGGCAAAAUUGGCGACAUGUUCUCAGGCAGCAGCAGCAACAGCAAUCAAGAUGCGAAGGAGGCCCAGAAGGAGAGACUGGAGGAAGCUACAGACAAGACCAAGGAGAUUGGCGGGGAUGUAGAGAGGUCGGUCGAGGAACACAGCAAGCAAGCGACCAAUGCCGCCAAAGAGGGCGGUGAAGGCACCAAGGAUGUCGUGGCGGGUAUGGCAGAAAACAGCGAAGAGAAGGUCGCGGGAGUGUCUUCGUCGUCGUCGUGA